AUGAGGUUCAUUCAGUCUACUUUCACCGCUGUUGCUGCUCUUCGAAUUGGCACUGCCAUUGCCACGGCUUCGCCCGGUUGUGGCAAAGCCGCCCAGCUAACCGCCGGAAAGCACACCAUUGAUGUCAAGGGCAAACAGCGAGAAUAUAUCCUCAAAUUGCCCGAUAAUUACUCCCCGGAUCACCAGUAUAAACUCAUCUUCACCUUUCAUGCUCUCGGUGGCAGCGCCCAGCAAAUCGCGGAUGGAGGCAUGGGAACUGAGCCCUACUAUGGUCUUCCACCUCUAGCCAACAACAGCGCCAUCUUCGUGUCGCCCAAUGGCCAGGUGGCGGGCUCCGCAUUUAACAUGAUGGGCUGGGGUAAUGUGGGUGGUGAGGACAUCGACUUUGUGGACGCGAUGAUUGAGGAGAUCGAAGCGGCGCUCUGUGUUGAUCAAGGCCUUCGCUUUUCGACCGGCUUUAGCUACGGUGGCGCAAUCUCAUAUGCCCUCGCCUGUGCGCGCGCAUCCAAGUUCCGUGCCGUUGGCAUCCUUAGCGGUGGCUCUAUGUCCGGGUGCGAGGGAGGCAGGCCCUCAGGCCCUAUCGCGACGUAUCAGCAACACGGAAGCCGGGAUCAGGUUCUCAAUAUCGACACGAUGGGCCGAGCUAUCCGUGAUACAAUUAUCGAGGCCAACGGGUGCAGCCCCGUCACUCCCGAGCCACAACCCAGCGGCAACCAAGCUACGAAGAUUGAGUAUAAAGACUGCGCCGAUGGUUUCCCUGUUACCUGGGUCAUAUUUGACGGCACACACACCCCUGGAUAUGCUGAUGCAGGUAAUAGUGAGCCUAUGGCUGGACCUAACUUCUGGCAAUUUUUGUCGCAGUUUGAAUAA